AUGGCACGAGAUCGUGAAGACGGGGAAGGGAGGUCCGGGAGGACACGACAACCUGUGAUAAUGGGCGUCACCCCGUUCCACCGAUCCAUCCUCGAAGUCCGGUUGCCGAAACACUUCGACAAACCAACGGACAUGAGGUACGAUGGAACUCAAGACCCUCUAGAACACCUCACGGCCUUCGAGGCGAGGAUGAACCUAGAGGGAGUAGGGGACGAGGUGAGGUGCCGUGCUUUUCCGGUAACCCUAGCGAGACCCGCGAUCAGGUGGUUUAACGGCCUCCCGCAGGGAUCCAUCUACAGUUUCUCGGACAUCAGUCGUGCGUUCCUGGCCCAGUUUACAACACGAAUAGCAAAGGCAAAGCACCCGAUCAACCUUCUGGGGAUAACCCAGAGACAGGGAGAGCCGACCAGGAAGUACCUGGAUCGGUUCAACGACGAAUGCUUGGAAAUCGACGGCCUAACCGAUUUGGUGGCCAGCCUUUGCCUGACGAACGGUCUCCUCAACGAAAACUUUCGAAAACACCUUACCACAAAGCCAGUUUGGACGAUGCACGAGAUCCAGACAGUAGCCAAAGAGUACAUAAACGACGAGGAAGUCAGCCGAGUCGUGGCUGCCAAUAAGCGGCAGUCCGGCUACAGCCAAACUCGGCAACAGGGUAACGGAGAAAGAGUAAAGGAACAAACCAGGGAAGAGGCACCAAGCAAGGCACCCAGGCCGUUCCCCCGGGUCAGGAAAUUCGCCAACUACACCCCGCUCACUCUCCCCAUCGUGGAAGUCUAUCAACAAAUAGCCGAGAAGGGGAUCCUGCCGAAGCCCCGACCACUCAAGGACCGUACGGGAGGAAACAAGAACUUCUAUUGUGACUACUACAAGGGUUACGGUCACCAAACGCAGGACUGCUUUGACCUGAAGGAUGCACUCGAACAAGCGAUAAGGGAAGGCAAGCUAGCAGCAUUCUCUCAUCUUAUCAGAGAACCGAGGAGAUGCUAUCGCGACCAAGACGAAGAAGGCAAAACCCGUUCGGCAAAGCGGCAACAAGAGCCAGAAGAUAAAGACCACGGUCUCACUGUGAUAAACGUGGUGACAGCCAAAAACGCUGCGCCAAAAUCUCGAUCGGCGCAUAGGAAAGAUGCUAAGGUCUUGGCGGUCUCCUCCUCGUUGGUGCGAAACUCUAAGAAGCCUCCAUCCAUUUCUUUCGGCCCGGAAGACCAAUGGUUUGACGACGCCCCGGAAAACCCUCCCAUGGUCAUUACGGCCAGAGUAGGAACCGGCCUCGUCAAACGCAUCCUUGUCGACACAGGGGCUGAUUCAAACAUCAUGUUCCACAACGUAUUUGACGCACUAGGGCUAAAGGACGCCGACCUGACGACUCACCAGCACGGGGUCAUUGGAUUGGGCGACCACUUCAUCAAACCUGACGGAGUAAUAUCCCUACCGAUCUCGGUAGGACAAGCUCAAGGUCGAAGGUCGGCGAUGGCCGAGUUCGUGAUCCUCCGAGAUUCCACUGCCUAUAAUAUCAUCUUGGGAAGGAAGACGAUAAACGAUGUUGAAGCGAUAAUCAACACGAAGCUGCUAGUCAUGAAGUUCGUUACCGAUGACGGAUCUAUAGGGUCCAUAAGAGGGGAUCUCGAGACGGUAGUCGCCUGCGACAACGCCAGCCUCUCCCUAAGAAAGAAAUCCAAAGAGGCGUCCGGUGUGUUCCUAGCUGACCUGAACGCCAGAGUAGACGACAAACCUAGACCGGAACCAGAAGGGGAUCUGGAAAAAUUCAUGAUCGGCGACAUGGAGGAGAAGUUCACGUUCAUCAACAAGAACCUUCCAUGUGAGUUAAAGGAGCCCUUGGUCGAAAUGAUAAGGGCCAAUAGGGAUUUGUUUGCCUGGACACCUGCCGACAUGCCAGGCAUAGACCCAAAAAUCAUGUCACACCAUCUGGCUGUCAGGUCGGAAGCACGCCCGAUAGCGCAACGGAGGAGAAAGAUGUCGACAGAGAGGGCGGAGAAGGUGGCCAGGCAGACGGCCAGCCUCCUAGAAGCAGGUUUCAUACGAGAAGUGGACUACUCGACGUGGCUCUCGAAUGUAGUUCUAGUGAAAAAGCACAACGGCAAGUGGAGAAUGUGUGUAGACUACUCUGACCUUAACAAGGCAUGCCCUAAGGAUUGUUUCCCUCUCCCUAACAUAGACGCACUCGUCGACGCUGCGGCGGGCUACCGUUACCUAAGCUUCAUGGACGCUUACUCCGGUUAUAACCAGAUACUGAUGCACCGUCCAGAUGAAGACAAAACAGCGUUCAUAACGCCAGGGGGAACCUUCUGCUACAAGGUGAUGCCAUUCGGCCUGAAAAACGCAGGGGCAACAUACCAAAGGUUGAUGAACAAAAUAUUCCACGAUCUAAUAGGCAAGACAGUGGAAGUCUAUGUCGACGACAUCCUCGCGAAAACAACGCGACCCGACGACCUCCUAAAGGAUCUGGACAAUGUAUUCGCGUCUCUCCGGCAACACGGCAUGAAGCUGAAUCCCCUCAAAUGUGCCUUCGCCAUGGAAGCUGGCAAGUUCCUAGGAUUCAUGAUAACUCAAAGAGGGGUAGAAGCCAACCCGGAGAAGUGCCAGGCGAUACUCCAGAUGAAGAGCCCGGGUUGUAUCAAGGACGUCCAAAGGUUGGCGGGGCGGCUGACUUCAUUAUCCCGGUUUCUCGGGGCAUCGGCAACAAAGGCCCUGCCAUUCUUUAACCUCAUGAAGAAAGGGAUGGCGUUCGAGUGGACACCCGCAUGUGAGGAAGCCUUUCAGCACUUCAAGGAAAUCCUGGCGGCACCACCUGUGCUCGGGAAGCCAAAGGACGGGGAGCCGCUAUACCUGUACCUCGCCAUAACAGGAGAAGCCCUGGCUGCAAUUCUGGUGCGGGAAGAAGGGAAGGCUCAACAACCAAUCUAUUUCAUAAGCAGAGCCUUGCAAGGGGCAGAAUUAAGGUACAGCAAACUGGAAAAGCUAGCUCUAGCACUCUUGACCUCCUCACGGAGGUUAAAGCAAUACUUCCAAAGUCACCAGGUUGUCAUAAGAACGGACCAGGGAAUCCGGCAAAAACGAGCACACGGUGGAAGCUCCACGUGGACGGAGCCUCCAACCAGACGUUUGGGGGGUGCCGGGAUCAUCCUGGAAAGCCCGGUUGGAGUCGUAUACGAACAGUCGGUCAGGUUUGAAUUUCCCGUCUCGAACAACCAGGCAGAAUACGAAGCCCUUAUAGGGGGUCUAACCCUAGCAGCGGAAGUCGGAGCAACAAGACUGGAAAUAUGCAGCGAUUCUCAAGUCGUCACCUCCCAGGUAAACGGGAGCUACCAAGCCAAAGACUCGUUAUUACAAAAGUACUUGGAAAAAGUCAAAAACUUAAGCAAAAAAUUUGAGGAGGUCACGGUCCACCACGUACCUAGAGAAAGGAACACACGGGCAGACCUCCUAUCAAAGUUGGCCAGUACUAAACCGGGAGAAGGCAACCGGUCUCUCAUCCAAGGUAUGACAAGAGAACCAGCGGUCACUUUGCACGUGUCAAGGCUGGGCUCUUCAUGGCUAGACCCCAUCACCAGCUUCCUAGAACAUGGCAAACUCCCUGACGACGAAAAGGACGCGGCGAAACUGAGAAGGGAAGCAGCCAAAUACGCCGUCAUCCAAGGACAGCUAUUCAGGAAAGGGCUCAACCAGGCCCUGCUGAAGUGCUUACACCCCGACCAAACGGACUACGUACUCAGGGAAGUCCAUGAAGGCUGCUGCGGACACCACAUAGGAGGCAAGGCCCUAGCAAGAAAAUUAAUUCGAGCCGGAUACUACUGGCCGUCAAUGAUGGCAGACUCCAAGGAGUUCGUCAAAAAAUGUGUGAAGUGUCAAGAGAACGCCAAUUUCCACAGGGCACCGGCCUCCGAGUUAAGCCUGCUAACGUCCUCCCGGCCAUUCUCUCAAUGGGGAGUCGACCUCUUGGGACCCUUCCCAGUCGGUCCUGGGCAAGUCAAGUACCUCAUAGUCGCCAUUGACUACUACACCAAAUGGAUAGAAGCCGAACCACUAGCUAGCAUAUCCUCAUCCAAUUGCAAGAAAUUCAUGUGGAGGCAGGUGAUAACGCGAUUUGGGAUUCCAGAAGUCGUCAUCUCGGACAACGGCACGCAGUUUAUCGACAAGAAGUUCACGGAAUUCCUCAACGGCCUGGGUAUUAGACAAAGGUUCUCUUCGGUAGAACACCCCCAGACAAACGGACAGGUGGAGUCUGCCAACAAGAUUAUCCUUUCAGGGCUGAAGAAGCGAUUGGAUAAUAAAAAGGGUGCUUGGGCCAACGAACUAGCCUCGGUCCUCUGGUCUUACCGAACCACCGAACAAUCCUCCACUAAGGAGACUCCCUUCCGGCUAACGUAUGGGUUGGAUGCGGUAAUACUCGUAGAGAUCGGGGAACCGAGCCCCCGGCUACUUUUGAAAGGAGUAGAGGAAGCCGUGAAAAAGGACCUGAUAGAUGAAACCAGAGAAAUGGCCCAUUUGACAGAGACAGCGCUAAAACAAAGGAUGCUUGCGCUACAACACCAAAGUGCUCAAAAGGGAAUUCGAACCGAACGAUCUCGUCCUAAGGCGAAACGACAUCGGCCCACCGACCCCUGGAGCAGGCAAGCUAGCGGCGAACUGGGAAGGCCCCUAAAGAAUAAAAAAAGUGAUGGGUAA